AUGAAAAGGCAUGGAGUAUCGAGAGACGACUUGGAGAACGUGUUGGCACCGCCAGUCGAGAAAAAGGUCCCGGAGUCGUUCUUGUUUGGCCUCCGGAAGCUGUUCGUCGACGAGUGGGGCUACUCCAAGGCAGAGGCCCGCGUGGACACUCACGAGCAGACGUUCAAAGUGGCGGCGCCCCACUUGCUGGGCUACUACAUCCUGUCCUUCCUGCUGGAGGAGCCCCUCUUCGAGGCCCUGAGGCACGGAGGCCUGCGGUCGGUGAGGCAGAAGACGAGGCUGCUGAGCGCCGAGUUCUGCGUGCUGUACUACCCCGUCAUCGCUCGCGAUCGCCGUGCCUCCCGGCCUGGCGGCCGCGGGCCCGUCGUGUGGUUCUGGGCGGCCUGGCUGCCGGCAGCGGGCGAGGAGCUGUGGCGGCACUGCCGGCAGAGCCCCGAGUGCGCCGCGCACCUGCGGCCGAGCGGGGGCAGGUUCCUUGGCGAGGCUGGUUCGCCGGAAGACGCCGGCGACAAAAUGGGCCAGGUGCAGAGUGGGCGCGGCGUGUUGCGCGCUGCUGUGGCCGUGCUGCAGGACAUCCAGUGGCGGGCCUUCCGGGGCGCGCUGCCGCUGCUCCUGGCGGCCGCGGCGCUGCUGGCGGCCGGCGUGCGGCUCGCGACCUGCGCGCUGCGCCGCCGCGGCGCGGUGCCACCGCGCGCCAAUGGCGCGCUGGUGCGGCUGGUGCCAGGUCUGGGCUUCCUGGCGUACGUGCACGGCGCAGGCGCGCUCUUCCCCUUGGCGCUCGUGGCGGCCUUCUACCUCGCGGCCCGCGCCACGGCGGGCACGCGCGCCGGCGCGGCCGCCGCGUGGCUGCUCGCCGUCGUGGCCAUCGCCGCGAAGGAGCCCCAGUGGCCACUGCGGCGGAUGCUGACCUUCAGUGCGCUGGCGGGGCCACGCUGGGAAUUCCUGGACGGCCACGGGUACCAAGGGGAGUACGACUGGACGCAGAGCGUGAACCUCAUCCUGCUGCGCCUGCUGAGCUUCGCGCUGGACUGGCACGCGGCCGCCCUGGCCGCGGCGCGGCCCGGGGCCGCGGCGAUGCUGGCCGAGAAGGGCCCCCAGGAGGGGCCCGCGGCGGCGCUGCGGAGUCGCUACUCGCUGCCGCACGCGCUGUCGCACGCGCUCUACGCGCCCUGCUUCCUCGCCGGGCCCACGAUCGGCUUCGACGACUACCUGGACGACGGUGCCAGCUCCCGGCGCCCCAGGCAUCGGUCUCGCUGGGAUGGUACCUCGCGCGCCUGGCCGCGGCCGUCUGUGCGCUGGAGGCCGGCAUCCACCUCUACCCCUGCUUCGCGCUGGCACGAAGCGGGCAGAUGGGCAAGCAGGGGCCGCAGCUGGGAGCGGCAGCGGUGUUCUUGA